CAGGGGCACAGGUGGGGCUCUCCUGCUCCUGACAAGGGACACGACAGGCUCGCAGCGCGGUGCACGGUCAGACCCGCCCGCGCCUUGUCGUGGAAGAGCCGGGUCGCUUGUUCCACCAGCCUCGGAAACGACUGAUGCACCGGCACCGACUACGGCCACUCUACAGGUGGCAUCAGGGAGCCAGGAAGGCUCGCUGUGUGAGCACCGUCCUCCCCUCCGCCAUGCACGCCAUCCACGGCACCCCCAGCGUCGAGCUCUCGCGGCUCGCUGCGCAUCUCGGCCUGCAGGGGCGGCUCGUCGCCAAGCUCGAAUACCUCUCGCCGGGCUUCUCCAAGAAGGAUCGGAUCGCGAGGCAGAUCAUCGAGGAGGCUCGUGCGGACGGCAGCCUCGCGCCGGGCCAGCCGGUCGUCGAGCUGACGAGCGGCAACACCGGCACCGGGCUCGCUAUCGUAUGCGCGGCGCUCAGCCACCCGUUCGUUGCCGUCAUGUCGCGCGGCAAUUCUGCCGAGCGCGCGCGGAUGAUGCGAGCCCUCGGGGCCGAGGUCGUGCUCGUCGAUCAGUGCGAGGGGUCACUUCCCGGCCAGGUGUCGGGCGCAGACCUCCGCCGCGUGUCCGAGGUGACGGAGGCGCUGGCGGCGGAGCGUGGCGCCUUCCGAGCAGACCAGUUUGAGCUCGGCGGCAACGCGCGUGCGCACCUGCAGCAUACUGGGCCGGAGCUUCUGGCUCAGACCCGCGGCGCGGGCCUCUCCAUCGACGCCUUUGUCGACUUUGUCGGCAGCGGCGGCACCUUUGCCGGCGUUGCGACCGCGCUGCGGCGCGAGCUGCCCGGCGUGCGCUGCUAUGUAGUCGAACCGCAGGGCGCCGCGGUGCUCGCCGGCAAUGACGCGCCACACGCCGCCGCGCCGCACAAGAUCCAAGGUGGAGGCUACGCGAUGGCGGCGCUCACGCCGCUCGCCGCCGCCGAGCCGCCUGACGGCUACCUGCAGGUGUCUUCCUCCGAGGCGGCGGAGACGUGCCGCCAACUCGCGCGGUUUGAGGGCGUCUUUGCCGGCUUCUCCGGCGGUGCCAAUGUCGCGGCGGCGGUGCAAAUACUGCGCGGAGCCCACGCGGGAGGCACGGUGGCGUGCGUCGUCUGCGACAGUGGCCUAAAGUACCUCUCCACCGACUUGUGGGGAGGGAGAGUAGGAGAGAUAUUUGAUGGGAGAUAAAGAUACAGUGAC